AUGGAGGUUUGGGCAUUUAUCCACGAGAAAGCCUUCAAGACAUUAAGGGAGGAAGAAGUUGAGUAUUACUCAUGGGACCUUCUUCUUGUUAAAUCCAUAAGCCUUUCAGCAAAUAAUUUAGUUGGCGAGAUCCCUGAUGAGAUAAUGGAGCUGGUUCAAGUACAAGUUUUGAAUCUUUCACAGAAUCAUUUGACUGGAAGGAUCCCCAAGAAGAUUGGGCCAAUACCAUUAGGAAAUCAACUUCAGACCUUGACUGAUCCAUCCAUCUAUGAAGGAAACAGUGGACUCUGUGGCAAACCACUCCCAAACAACUGCUGGGAACACAAAUUGCUUACCAAAAAUGGGCCUAUUGAUGAGGAUGAAGGCCACAGUGAAUCUGAUUGGUCUUGGUUUUAUGCUGGAAUAGGACCGGGUUUUUGCUGUCGGGCUCUUGGGAGUUUUGGGAAUCCUUCUCUUCAAGAAGUCAUGGCACCAUGCAUACUUCAAGUUUAUAGAAAGUGCCUGUGA